AUGCUGGUGGUGCUGGUACUGCUGGUGCUGCCUCUGCUGGCGGAGGGGGCCACGCAACCGGGGGCGGUGGAGAGGCUGUCCUCACGAGAGGUGCUGGCGAGGGCUCGCGAACGGAUGGCAGGGGCCGAACUGGGGUCCCUCAUGACCAAGACCACCGCCAGGAAGGGACCCGCCAAGCCCACCACCACCGCGGUCCAGUCUCGUGAAGACGACGACGACGACGACGACGGAGGGGCGGAGGCAAAGGAGGAGGUGGUGCCGGAGGUGGACAUGAACGCCAACACGGCCAAGGUCAUGUUCGAGACCAUCCGCCGCAUGAACCCCGGCCUGGCUCCCCUGCGCGAACAGCUCCCCGGGCAGCAGCAGCCCCAGCAGCAGCACCAACACAAGAACUCGCUGGGCAGCAAGGUGAAGGCGGCGCUGGGCGGCACGUCGGUUACCCGACGGGUGAACAAGAAGCCGCUGCCGGCCCUCGGGCGUCACGCCUACUCCUCCUCGUCGUCCGACCACCUGCGCAAGCUCCUGGGCGACAACGACCCCCAGCAGCAGCAGCCGCCGCAGCAGGUGGCCCCCACCACCCUCACAGUUGACCCAGGCGUGCCAGCCGAGCCAACGGUACAGGAGGCGGACACGUCCGUGAAGGAGCAGGAGCUGCAGCAGGCUCAAGCGGCUGGGGCGCGAGAGAACUCUGCCCUCCAUGCGCUCCUGCAGGAGAUCGAGUUGAACGAGGAGCACCGCCACACCAACUCAGAAGAAGAACAGCAGCCUCGGUUCACAGAAGGCACGCAAUCGCACCCUCUUCACCUCCCUCUUCACCUGCUCCCGUUGGAAUGGCUGACAGAGAUGGAGAUCUGCACCUCUCCAGUGUUCGGCGAACCCUCCGGCGAAGAAGAAGAAGAGGCCGGUAGGCGUGGUGAUGAUGGUGAACCGAAGGGGAUCCACAACGAAGAGCUCACGUUGUCCGCCCCGCCGUCAGCGCAGCGCUCGGCUGCCGAGCGGGCCGAGGAGGCGGCCCUUCUGGAGCGCCUCAUGGAGGCCUACGCCGCCUACGCCGCCCUACGCAAAGAACCACCUCCAUUUGCCUUCGGUGUGCCCACAGACCUGGGCCAGAUGCCGACCAACCCCGACCGGCUAAGGGUCCCAGCGGAAGAAAGGGAUCCGCGGCAGCUUCAACGUGGCGGAGUCCCAACGCACGACCACUCCUCGUCCUCCUCGUCCCAGCACUUGGCCGUACUCCCCGCAGCGGCAGAGUUGAGCCCCGAACCGCUCCUUACGUAG